UAACAGUUAUUAACCUGCGCGCUGCUGCUGAUCUGCAGAUACUUUUUGUAGAACAUUUUUUGACUUCCAGGAUGGAGAACAAGUCUUACUUGGUUCAGAUGAAUGGCAAGGGAGUCCACAACAAGAGCAUUGAGAAUGGUAAGAGCCUGAGUGGGAACGGAGGGAAUGGGAAGGACCUCCACCACGUCAGUGUGAGGGGUGCUCUGUAUCACAGCAAGGCCAAGAGCCGCAGACAGAGGUGGGACGUGAGGCCCUCGGAGAUGGCCAACAACACGCUGAACCCCAUCAGAGCCAUCGUGGACGGGAUGAAGCUCACCCCCAACCCCGAGAAACCCAUGAUCGCACUCUCCAUAGGGGAUCCCACUGUGUUUGGAAACCUGCCUACAGAUGGGGCAGUGUUGCAGGCCAUGAAAGACGCCAUAGACUCCCAAAAGUACAACGGCUAUGCCCCUUCUGUUGGUUAUCUGAAGAGCCGACAGGCGGUGGCCAACUUCUACAGCUGCCCCGAGGCUCCGCUGGAGGCCGAGGAUGUGAUUCUGACCAGUGGCUGCAGUCAGGCCAUCGACCUGGCUAUCAGUGUCCUGUGUAACCCGGGGGAAAACAUCCUGGUCCCAUGCCCGGGCUUCUCCUUAUAUAAGACUCUGGCUGUCUCCAUGGGCAUAGAUGUCAAACUCUACAAUCUGCUGCCGGAGAAGUCAUGGGAGGUGGACCUUCUACAGAUGGAGAGCCUGAUCGACGAGAGGACUUCCUGUAUGAUCGUCACCAAUCCAUCCAACCCGUGUGGCUCUGUCUUCAGCAAGGAACACCUCCAGAAAAUCAUCAAAGUGGCCUCCAGACACUGCCUCCCCAUCCUGGCUGAUGAAAUCUACAGUGAUAUGGUGAGUGUCAGG